UUUUUUUUUAUUUGUUUUCUUCUUUCUUUCUUUAUCUUUUUUUUUUUUUAAUACCAAAUGUCUAUAUCGUUAACAGGACAAAAGUAUUGGGAAUCUACUAUCAAGACUUGUGAAGCUGCUCUCUCUUUAUUAUCUGUAUGUGAAGACCAAGGUUUUUGUUUAGUGGAUGAUACUAUUACUUCUUUACGCAAAUUAGUUCACCAUGGACGUACUUUGGAAGCUAUCAAGAAAUAUCAACCACCAGUACAAACAGCAACAACAACAACAAAACGUGAUCAAAAGAAACAACGAUGGAAGUCUAUACAGUCAAGUACAAACUGGAAUAUCAAAGAUAACUCUACUGUCAUUAUUUCUGUACGCGACCAAUCUCUGAUUACUGCAAAAGCUAUUACUACUGAAGAACAAUUGAAAGCUAUUGUUCCUGAAAUUGAAAAAGCAAGUUGUUUUUCCAUUGAUUGUGAAUUCUUGUCGGUGAAGAAAUCUCAACCUAAACUCAAGGUAUUACAAAUCGCUAUUUCCAAAACUAUUGGUUAUGCUAUUAUCGUAGACUCUUUUCAAGAUAUUGGUAUCAUUCGGGAUAUACUAGGUGAUGUUCUUGAAAAUGAAAAUAUUCUACGUAUUGGAUGGGCUGUACGUGCUGAUGCUCAAGCUAUUGAACAAACUAUACCUGGUAUUCGUCUUGGUCGUAUUUUAGAUUUACAAUCAUUGAUUUAUUCUGAUGCUGUGGAUACAAUGAACCUAGCAAGCGCUAUGACAAAAUAUGCUUCAAAUUGGGAAGGAUUGGAUGAAUUUACUUAUGCAAAGAACAUGGCCUCCUCCUUUAGUUUUAGUGAAGAUGACUGUAUUUGGACUCAAUUUCCUUUGCCUUCUUCUGCUCUUGUUUACGCUGUUUUUGAUGUUGUAUCCUUGUUUGCUCUUUACGAAAAUGUUAGUCAUAUCAAGAUUGAAAAUGUUCAUCACUGGCCCGACAAUAUCAUUUCCAAGUUCUCACCCAAGUCUCUACAAAAAUGGUAUCGUAACCGUGCAUGUCUUGCUGAUUCAUCAGUGGCUCUUUCUGAUGGUGAUAUUAUCAGUUUGACUGAUGAUCAAUCAAAUCAUCCAAUCAUCGACAACAACAACAACAACAACAAACAAUCCGGUUAUGAAUCAUUAAGGAUGGAAGACGAUAUUGACAAUGACAAUGAUCCUGUAUAUUUGGCGGAUUUGGAAGAAGCGAAACGAAGGUCAUUACUACAGUAUCAAGAGAUGAAUGCAAGUUCAAGUUCAGCAUUGGAAUCGACUAGUACAACAACUGGAAAUCUUUCUCCACAACCAACACAAAAUCCUUCAUCCCAAGAAACACUGAAACGCAAUGUGGUUGUCGAUGAAGAAGUUAACUUUGAUACCCUUGACAAUAUCAGCGUAGAUUCCGCAAAUAUCACAUCCGACAAUGAACAUGAUAAGUUUGCCAAGGACAUAUAUGAACCAUCAAGGAAGUUGGCCUAUGAAGAAUUACCAAAAGAUACUUGGGGUGAAAUUGACUCAAACCGGUUGACUGAAGAAAGGUGGCAAUUUGUUACAGACUCAGUAUCCUCAGGCAUUAGCAAAGAUGACAACAACAAUAGCACACAAGAUGAUGGUACUAGUGGCACAUGGAGUUUCAAAGAUAUAGGACAUUCCGAUACCAAAACAACAACAACAACGACAACAACAACAACAACAACAUCAUCAGCAUCAUCACCAACUCCUCGUCAACGAAACAAUAACUGGGGAACAGCAUACUCUGAUUUCAAUACUGGCAUGUUUCGAAACACCGACCCUGAAGCUGAUUGGAAUCUAUUGGUAAAGAAAUCAGGUGAUUCAUGGAAACAAGGCAGGGAUAUGAGGAUGGAAGAAUUAGAUGAAAAUUGCGAAAAGGUAGAAAAGAAUCGUGGUCAAGCUAGAAAAUUCAAUACUACAGCGGGGCCAGCACGCUUCAAUCAAUGGGCUACUACAGGUGGAUGGGAAUCAGUGGAUGAAAAACCAGACUUAAUGCAAAUGCCUUUGACGGGUAUGAAAGCUAGAAAGACAAAUGGACCAAGAACGAUCAAUGUGUUUGACUCAGAUGGUGAUACGGAUGGUGAUGAUGAUGACGACAACGAUAGCGAUGAUCACAACAAAAAUGGUGAUGAUGAUGGAGCAAAUACGAAGGAUUCUUUGGACCAUGGAAGUAGCAACUGGGGUGCAACCAUAGGAGAAACAUCAACAUCAAAUACAGAAGAAUCAGAUACGUUUAGGGAAUAUCUACCAUUGGAUGAUGGUCAAGACAUAGCAUUACAUGAAAUAGUUCGGUAUGAACAAUUGGAAUCCUUGUUGAUCGAAGAUAUUGAUGACCAACCUCUGACGAUUGCUGUAUCGGUUUAUUUCCAUACCACUCAAAAUCUCGUGCAAUACAAGGGAUUAUCAAUUACAACGAAUACUGGUAUCUCUUACUCAAUAGCAUUGGAUCAAGUUAUUUCAAGGAAUUGGCAAUCAUCGAUGGAUUCACGACUAGCUAAAUUAUUGACAGAUCCAACUAUUCAACGGAUCUCAUGGCGACCUGGAUUCUUCCUGGAUGGAUUGAGUCAAAAAUUAGGAUUCAAGAUUGGACCUGUUGCGGAUUUAUCAGCUAGAUUACCCCUGGAAGAAAGAAAAUGGAAAAUGGAUCAAAUAUUGGACAAAUAUCUUGGUAAUUGGCAAGGAUUAUCUCAAUAUCGAAAUGCAAAAAUGGAAGUUGAAUCCAUGGAAAAGGGUAGACUGCGACGAAUGGAUGGAUCAAGUUGGGAUAGACCAAGUUUACAUUAUGCAACUCUUACUUUCUCUGGUGCUCAAGGGGCUAUGUUCCUUGCUUUAAAUCAAAUUCUUACUUAGUUAUAUUAUUAUCUUUUUUUUUUUUUUUUU